AUUAUUAAGAUAGUGAAUGUUUUGUUCAAUCCUAUGCAACUUCAUUUGUUGUGUCUUGAAACAAAGAAACCAAACAAAACAGGGGAACCUACUUAAUAAAAAAGUUGUCUCAAUCAAUUAUUCAUUUUCUAAACUUUCCUCUCAUAUGGGUCUUUAUUAUUUGAACAAAACACUCAUUUUUAAGAUUAUACUUAUGAUCUUUAUGCUAUUUCUAUCAUUCAAAUUUUCCAUAGCAUAUAAAAUUCAAGCUUCAUUUGUUUUUGGUGAUUCUUUGCUUGAUGUUGGAAACAACAAUUACAUUACUUCACUUGCUAAAGCAAAUCAUUAUCCUUAUGGAAUUGAUUUUGGAAAAGCCACAGGUCGUUUUUGCAAUGGAAGAACCGUUGUGGAUGUUAUAGAGCAAGAAAUGGGUUUUGGCUAUACUCCACCCUACAUGUCUCCUAAUACUUCUGGAAUGGUGAUUCUAAAGGGUGUGAAUUAUGCUUCUGCUGCAGCUGGAAUUCUCAAUUACACUGGUCACAUUUUAGGUGAUCGAAUCAACUUCGAUGCACAAAUCGACAACUUUGCAAAUACAAGAGAAGAAAUCAUCUGCAAAAUUGGUGUUCGUGCAACUCUCAAUUUGCUUAAACAUGCUCUCUUCACAGUAGCAUUUGGUUCAAAUGAUUUUCUUGAUAACUAUUUGUCAGAAAGUCAUUUGUUGUCACCAGAAUCAUUUGUUGCCAUCAUGAUAUCAACAUUCAGAGUACAACUAACACGGUUGUUCAAUUUAGGAGCAAAAAAAAUUGUUGUGGUAAAUGUUGGGCCUAUUGGGUGUUUACCAUAUAUGAGAGAUUUUAAUCCAUUUUCUGGAGACAAAUGUGUCACAUUCCCUAAUCAAUUAGCUCAAUUAUUUAACAACCAACUGAAGAGCCUUGUUGAAGAAUUGAGGGCCAUUUUGAAGGGUUCGAUAUUUGUUUAUGGAGAUGCUUACCACAUUAUGGAAGAUAUCAUCAUGAAUUACACUAAAUAUGGUUUCAAGAAUGCAAAUUCUGCAUGUUGUCACGUAGCUGGUAGAUUUGGAGGGUUGAUUCCAUGUGGUCGUUAUUCAAAAGUUUGUGAAGAUCGAUCAAAAUAUAUUUUUUGGGAUACUUUCCAUCCUAGUGAUGCUGCCAAUGUUAUCGUUGCAAAACGUUUAUUAAGUGGUGAUGUUAAUGAUGUUUCACCUACAAAUGUUUGGCAACUCUUGCAAGCUUGAUAUAUUAUAUUGCUAGAAUUUAAAAAAUUAUGAUAGAAUAGAGGGAAA